AUCUGAUUGAAAUCAUAGAAGAAGAUAUUAAUGAUAUUAAUAAUAUAGAAGUAAAUUCAUUUGAUGAAAAAGAUGAUUUGACAAUUAGUAGGUUUUUGAAUUUAGAUGCAGAUGCAUUUAUUAAUAGUUUAAACGAAAUCAUUGAAGAUAGUUUGGGAGAGGAUAUAAAGAAAGAAUAA